AUGGUUCAAAAAUGGCAUCAAUUCUGUACGUGCGAAUCGUCUAUACGGUAUUCGAUAAUCUGUGAAGUGUACGGCCGAGGAAGAAAAAAACCUGAGCCAAGACGUCGGUUUUUGGCAGCAGCAGUACUGCUACAUCGAUUGGCAAUCAAGCAAUUGUGGUGGCUCUUCUUUUGAUUCGGCCGAGUGCGCGGACGGAAUUUUGCUCGCGGGGGGACCGGAAGUGUGUCGAAGAUUGUUCUUCUAUAGAGCCAUUUCGGGAGUAUUCUAUGCUGGGUCGAAAGAGGUAAAAAUCUGGCCUUCGGAUUCGGUUAAAGAAGCAGCCAGGGAUUGCGGCGGAAGGUUCGUUCUUGGCAGCCCGAGUGGAUUUUCGGAAUCUGCGUAAUUUUGAACGGUGUGGAACCUGUGAUUGGCCAGCUUCGGGCCACAGAUUGGAAUGUGAUUCGAAAAUUUUGAAAGUUCGAAGGUGACCAUCAAUAAAUAAUAAAGGAGCUGUGCAAGAUCGAAGCAGCAGCUCAGCAGUGAAUUUGGUCAAGGUUUCCUACACGAGUGGAGUUGCGUUUUUUUCCUUCUCUUGUUUGUUAUCGAUCGAUUCCGGAAAGUUGCACCUGUCAAAUAAGUGGCCGCUAUUGUUUUUGUCCUCACACCCGGGGAAGAAAAAGUAGGCCUGUGAGUCUUCUAUCGUUGCCGUAGCUUGGGCCCGAUGGUGUAAACAUUCCAUUUGCCACCUACUUUGAUUGUGCUGAACGGAAUUAACAACAGUCAGUGGGGGAAGAAACGAGUUUUUCUGUACAUUUCGUGAAUAACCAUCACCCAGAAAUCUCGGGCUGCUGCUGUUGAGGGGGCGCAGCAAAAGCCAAACCGGGAGGAAACAGGAGAAGGUGGAAUAGGUGGUACUUCUUUUUGAGCUUUAUUUUGUUCCCCGCAACAUACUCAACUCUAGUCGGCUGCUGCAUAAGAAGAGCAGCAGCAAUAAUAAUAAUCACCUUACAGAGGAGGUAAAGCAAGUGCCGUUUCUUCCUCUGUUGUUUCCAAUCCGGGUAAUCCAACGAGGCCCAGAGGGGGUGAAAUUACUGCCAAUUUGCAUUUUGGAAGUCGGCUAUCGGACCGCCAGAAGAAAAGCCACUGUGAGGGUCAAUCGGACGGCGGAGAUUUUCCAGUGCCUGAGCUACUGCUGUUAGCCGGAAACAAACAGCAACUGUUAAUACUCAAUCGGCAAUUAAACGAGAUUACUCCGGCUCAUCUGUGAUUCAUUCGCAGCAGGUGUUUCCGACUGUAAUAAUCGACAUCUCAGGAGCUCUCAGCUCUGGCUCCUAGACUAUAACAACCGACGCGGUUUAGCGCUACUAAAACAAAACCAACCAAAAAAAAAAGUAGGACAAGACUCCCGGGCAAACUAGAAGAAGAAGCGGUGAUAUUUCCAUUCAUAAAAGCUAGUGAGAGCUGCUCAUUCAUUCAGAACCGACUGACUUACGGGACAGGUGACCAGGUGUGUUCUGUGAGGCGCGCGGUAGAAACAAGAACACUUAAUCCGAACGACUCGCUCGAGUACAUGGCCCCCGAAAGCAGCCGACUAAGUGCGCAAUCAUCCAUCAGAACGUGUAGUCAGUGCUUAAAGUAGAUGAACCUACACUUACGACGACACGCCAAAAGACAAUCGACAAAAGUCCCACUAGAUUCAUAGAGACAGAAUUGGUCGCCAGCUGGCCACUACUUUAGAACGGCAGGUGGGAACUGCGCGACAAACGUGUCGACACCUGUAUUUUUGCUGCUUCGGAAGCGCCACCGCCGCCAAAAACUGUCGAAGGAUUUCGGAUGGGAAAUCGACAACGGCGUAGGCAGAAUCCACAAUAACUGAGACAGACACAUUACAGAAGUACGGCCACUGCAAAGAAUUUCGAUAAAGCUACUCGGGCGACCUCUCGGUGAACCUGUUUUUUUUUAAUAUCUGUUGUUGUUAUUGGUUGGUGUCCAAGGCAGAAGAACUCACUGGGUCCUACGUCGUCGUCUUCGAAAGACCCCAUUCAGAACUCCCUUUCAAGUAAGACAUCGUGACGCAAUCCGCCGGACGGCCGGUGGAGAAUCUUCAUCACAAUUUCAUACCCUGCACCACGAAACCAACCCAAGAUAAACAAGAAUACGCGCGCUGUGAUUGUAGCAUUUUUUCCUUGCUCUCUCUCUGUUCCAUCUCUGUUUUUAAAGUAAAAUUUAUCUGUUAAUUCCAGUCAGUGUUGUUACAUGUUUUAGUGUGAUGAUCAAUCGAAUGUAGAUAAUCGAUUUUAAGAAUCUCAACCGAGGCGUUGUAAUUGUGCAUUAAGAGUUGCAUUUUUUUAAAUACAUAAAAGUUGUAUGUUGUUUCCGCGAUUCAAUCGCUCACGUUUGUCCUGUUACGUGUAUGUGUGUUGUGAAUGUUGCAUUGAAAGAAGAAGAAGAAGCAAAAGAAGCGUAAAAAUAGUAGUAAUUUGAGGCCGGUGUGAACCGAAAAAGGCAACAAGGCAAAGGUCAUCCGAUAAUUUCGGCUCAGCCAAAGUUGUGCGUGUAGGGCAAAUCUCUGGUAGGCACCGGACGCCGCCAUACAUAUUGCUGUAGCGCUCCAGCUCAGCUGGCCGAGCUGACGACCGGAAGUGACAAGAUGGACAGUCCCGGCGCUGUUGGAAGGCGUCGUGGAAACUCACGGAUCAAUGCCGAAGAUCAGGCACUGGAUCAGAUCGCGAAGGAGGCCGAAGCUCGUCUGGCGGCCCGGAGACAGGCACGUGCCGAGGCCCGGGAGAUUCGUAUGCGGGAGCUGGAGCGGCAGCAGAAGGAACUGGAACAGAAUGCGGAUCGAGCCUUUGACCUGCAGCAACAGUCCGCCGGGCUGGGCUCGACGGCCGGAACUCCGAUGGCCGGUGCUGCCGGAGGAUUCAUCGGGACCCCCAGCAGUGGAACGGGGGCCAGUGGCGCAGCAGGAGCACCGGAAAUGAUGGCGACUCCCCUCGGUACCCGGGCAUCCCGGCUCACCGUGAACAGUGCCGUCCGCGGAAGUUCGCUUUCAUCGCGGAGGAGCAGCGAGGACUCCCUGGAGGAGGAGGGCCGAAGUUUACGGGACCUAAGGCAUGAGCUGAAGGACGUGGAAGAGCGCUUCCGCAAGGCGAUGGUCGCCAACGCGCAGCUGGAUAACGAACGGGCCUCCCAGAACUACCAGAUACAGCUGCUCAAGGACAAGCUGGAGGACAUGGAGGAAUCGCACGCGCAGCUGCAGCGAGAGUUCAAGGACAAAUGCCGGGAUCACGACGCGCUCAAACGUGCCAACGAAAAGCUGUCCGAGGAGCUGAAGCUGGUACAGGGCCAGCUCACCGAACGGGACACCCUGAUCGAGGAGCAGGGCCUGGUGAUCGUGACGGUGGAAAACGAGGACGGCUCCGAUGCGCGACGAGCACUAGUCACUACCGAGAACGCACAACUCCUCAAGUCCGUACAGGGUUCUUUAGAUGUAAGGCUUAAGAAAUUCGCAGAAGAGAAACAAGAGCUGGCGAGUGAAGUGCAGACGUUACAGCAACAGCUGAAGGACAUCAAAUCCAAGGGCCGGAAGUACAGCUCCAUCAACGGUUCCCUGGACGAUGAUGAUUACGAGGAUGCACAACGAGAAGCGAACAAACUGAUCGCCGACUACAAAUACAAGCUGCAGAAGGCGGAGCAGGAGAUCGCGAACCUGCAGGCCAGCCUGGCCCGGUCCGAAACGCAGGUCAUCCGGUACAAGAGCACGGCCGAGGCGGCGGAGAAAGCCGAAAGCGACCUGAAGAUCGAGAGGAGGAAACUGCAACGGGAGAACCGCGAAGCGAUGGACCGGCUCGAGGAGCUGGAAACCUGCAACAAUCACCUGCUGAAGCGACUGGACAAGCUGAAGAAUGCCAAAAGCGCCCUGCUCAAGGACCUCUGAUAGGUUUUACCUUAUUUCAACCCAGUUAUUCAGUCAGUCAGUCCGUCAGUUUCUGUUUGUUUUCGGGCACUCGUCUUACCGCGACUUCUUUCCUACUGAAAAUCACAGAGAGACGAUGCGGUUUCUCGGUUUCUAGGAAUAUUUCUUAGGAAAGAAACCCUUCUCGGAUGCGCUUCUUGUCUCAUCGUGUGUGUGCGAAUUUUUAUCCGGACAGUGCUGCAGCAUGAGAGUAACAGCAACUGUAACUGAACACAGGCAGGGCCCGGUUGUCCUUUCUUUUUUUUUUACAUUGUACAAAUGUAACAUGUUUCGUUUUAAAACCGCGGUCUCUAAAAUCCAACCCCUUCUCAAAUAUUGUACAUUUUUUACCGUGUUAUUGUUUCUCAAGAAAUAGCUUGUUGGUUAACAAAUAAAAAGCAAAGUAAGAAAAAGCUUCGGAAUACAACAAUGUGUAACAUACACAGUAAACGAAAAUUACCGAGUUCGGUAAUUUUUUUACCGAAAUC